CCCGCGGUCCGUAGCCGGCUGCGGCGACCGGGAGCUGGAAUGUGAGGGGCGGCGGGCUCCCGGCGGCGGCGGCAUCUCCUGGAGCGGCGGCGACUGCGGCGCGGGAGGUGCGGACAAGGCCAGCUGCGCUCGGUGGCCGGCCGCGACGGCCGCGGGAUGAGGAAGCGGACGGAGCCAGUCGCCUUGGAGCAUGAGCGCUGCGUCGCCUUGGGCUCGUCUUCCUCCGGCUUGACCGCCCCGGUGCUGGACGCCGACUGCCGCCUGAAGCGCAACUUGCGUUUGGCGGGCAAGGCGCCGGCCGAGCCGCGCUGCGCCGCCGACGCGGGCAUGAAGCGAGCGCUAGGCAGGCGAAAGGGCAUGUGGUUCCAACUGAGGAAGAUACUUCUCUGUGUUUUGGGAUUAUAUGUUGCCAUUCCAUUCCUUGUCAGACUAUGUCCUGGGAUACAGGCCAAAUUGAUUUUCUUAAAUUUUGUGAGAGUUCCCUAUUUCAUUGACUUGAAAAAACCACAGGAUCAAGGUUUGAAUCACACCUGUAAUUACUACCUCCAGCCAGAAGAAGACGUGACCAUUGGAGUCUGGCACACUGUCCCCACUGUCUGGUGGAAGACCGCCCAGGGGAAGGACCAGAUGUGGUACGAGGAUGCCUUGGCUUCUAGUUACCCUGUCAUCUUGUACCUGCACGGGAAUGCAGGCACCCGAGGAGGUGACCACCGAGUGGAGCUUUAUAAGGUGCUGAGUUCCCUUGGUUACCACGUGGUCACCUUUGACUACAGAGGUUGGGGUGACUCAAUAGGCACACCGUCAGAGCCGGGCAUGACCUAUGACGCACUCCAUGUGUUUGACUGGAUCAAAGCAAGAAGUGGAGACAACCCUGUGUAUAUUUGGGGCCACUCCCUAGGCACUGGAGUGGCAACAAAUCUGGUGCGGCGCCUCUGUGAGCGAGAGACACCUCCAGAUGCCCUUAUAUUGGAAUCUCCAUUCACUAAUAUCCGCGAAGAAGCCAAGAGCCAUCCGUUCUCAGUGGUAUAUCGAUUCUUCCCUGGGUUUGACUGGUUCUUCCUCGAUCCCAUUACAAACAGUGGAAUUAAAUUUGCAAAUGAUGAAAACGUGAAGCACAUCUCCUGCUCUCUGCUCAUCCUGCACGCCGAGGACGAUCCGGUCGUGCCCUUCCAUCUUGGCAGAAAGCUCUACAACAUCGCUGCACUAUCGAGAAGCUUCCGAGACUUCAAAGUUCAGUUUAUGCCCUUUCACUCAGACCUCGGCUACAGGCACAAAUACAUCUACAAGAGCCCUGAGCUUCCUCGGAUACUGAGGGAAUUCCUGGGGAAGUCGGAACCUGAGCUCCAGCACUGAGCUCACUGCCUGAAGGAGCAUGAAGACCUCUGCCCUUCUCCCCAUUCCUCUGACCAACCCAGCAACCUGGAGACCGGGUGCAAGUGUCUGCGGUGCACCUGGAGAGAGGACUUGGAUGCCAGCUAGGGCAGGCAGAAGAGCUCUGGCAGACUGGUGGCCAGAAGCAUGGACUUUUGUGAAAAAUGUGAGUGGCAGGCAUGUGGCCCUCUCUCCUUGCUGCCAUGCAACCUGAGCUCUUGGAAAGAGUAACACAGCAGGCCAGCCACCAGGCAGUCAGUCCCACACUUCUGAGCUGGGCAUGGAGAACAGGGCAGGUGGUCUGAGGUCUUGGGACCACACUGAGCUUUCCAGCACCACCCACGAGAAUGUGGGAGACUUGGGCCCUGUCCCUUCCCAGCACAUGCAGAAUAGACUCUAACGGUUCCAUCAUCCCUCUUGCCCUACGUACCCCGCUUGCCUUCUUUGAUGUCCCUGCCUCCCUAGGCAGGUCCCACCACUCACAGAGGUGCCUGUGAUCUGCAUUUCCUCCUCUUUCUACCCACCUAACCUGGCCCUAGACUGAGCAUUUCUUUAAUAAAAUCUGGUGGUGGUC